UCAAUUAUAAUAUAGAUAAAAGAAUCAAUAGCGUAUGGUAUAGACUAUAUAUUCUAUACCACACACACCAUUGAUUCUUUUAGCUUUUAGCGCCUUAAAUCUCUUUCGAUUUCUCCCUCCUCCAUUUCUGAAUCCAGCAAUCUAACCUUUACAUAAAGUUUCCAUCUUUAUCAUUAUUGGUUAUUGGUUAACUUAUUUUUCGUUAUUUCAACAUACCAUUAUAAAGUUUUUGUUGCUGAUCAUGUGCCAUUUCCUUUCUUAUUGUCUUCUUCCUUUCUUUUAACUGUAAAAAUACCCUGAAUUUUUAAAGCACACCCAGCAAAAUCAACCCAUAAAGAUUUCUCCCCUAGUCCCUCCCUCCUAUCAUGUCUCUAUACAAGUUAGGAGAAAAACCCUUCAUUAAGGAAUGGUUUUUGCUUUGAUUAAAAAUAAAGGGUUAUUCUGUUUAUUUACUUAUAUUAAGGCAUUUGAUGGAGGAGAGCAAAAUUAGCUGCUUUCUUCAUGUUCAGGUGAUUGGUGAAUAAUAGAGGUUUUGAUUAUAUAUUAAUAAAAAAUGCUGAUAAUUUCUGGAGGGAAUUUUUGAUCUGGAUUCUGGGCUUUUGAGGUGGAGUAUGAAUUUGUGAAAAAAAUUGUAAAUUGGAGUGAAGUGUAAGGAAAUUUGAUAAAUAUGGAACUUCAAGAAACCCAGGGACAGUCAAAAGCUCCACAGAGAAAGAUGACAAAGCAACUGACUGGAAAAAGGGAUGAUACCAAGCUUCAUUCUGCUGCAAGAUCUGGAAAUUUAGAUGAGGUAAUUGAGAUAUUGAAGAACACAGAAGAAGAAGAAGAAUUAAAGGAAUUGUUGAUAAAACAGAAUCAGGCAGGUGAAACAGCCCUUUAUUCAGCUGCAGAAUAUGGGCAAGUUGAUGUUGUUAGGGAGAUGAUCAAGUAUUAUGACCCUGUUUCUGCUAGUAUUAGAGCUAAAAAUGGGUAUGAUGCUUUCCAUGUUGCUGCAAAACAAGGGGAUUUGGAAACAUUGAAAGUGCUGAUGGAGGCACAUCCUGAUCUUUCAAUGACCUAUGAUACAUCCAACACAACAGCUUUGCAGACUGCUGCAACACAAGGGCACACUGAUGUUGUGAAUUUCCUCUUGGAAUCGGGAUGUGGGCUAGCCACGAUUGGUCGAAGUAAUGGUAAGACGGCCUUACAUGCAGCUUCGAGGAAUGGACAUGUAGCUGUAGUGAAAGCUCUCUUAGGGAAAGAGCCUAGCAUUACUACAAGGACCGAUAGGAAGGGACAGACGGCACUUCACAUGGCAGUGAAGGGUCAGAAUCUUGAAGUGGUUGAGGAGCUGUUUAAGGCUGAUCCUUCUUUGAUCAACAUGACUGAUAGUAAGGGCAAUACGGCGUUGCAUAUAGCAACAAGAAAGGGAAGGCUUCAGAUUGUAACGAGAUUGUUAGCUGAACAAGGUACAGACACCACAGCCGUCAACAGGGCAGGUGAAACCGCCUUUGACACUGCUGAGAAAAUGGGACAUCAAAAAAUUUUAGAGACACUGCGGGAGCAUGGUGUUCAGAGUGCCAAAGUCAUCAAGCCCCAAGCAACCAGCAAUAACGCCCGUGAGCUGAAACAGACUGUAAGUGACAUUAAACAUGAAGUCCAUUAUCAACUAAAACACACCCGACAAACAAGAAAACAUGUCCAAGGCAUUGCAAAACGGCUCAACAAGAUGCACACCGAAGGCCUCAACAAUGCCAUCAACUCUACCACUGUUGUUGCAGUGCUCAUAGCAACCGUUGCUUUUGCUGCCAUCUUUACUGUCCCAGGCCAGUAUGUCGACGACCCUGAUCAUGUUCCGCCAGGAAGUUCUCUUGGAGAAGCAAAUAUUGCACCAAAAGCUGCGUUUUUAAUCUUCUUUGUUUUCGAUUCAGUUGCCCUUUUCAUAUCUCUUGCUGUUGUCGUUGUUCAAACCUCUGUGGUAGUCAUCGAAAGCAAGGCGAAGAAGCAAAUGAUGGCGAUCAUAAACAAGCUUAUGUGGUUGGCGUGUGUUCUGAUCUCAGUCUCGUUUUUGGCUCUAUCAUUUAUAGUUGUAGGAGCUAAAGAGAGAUGGCUUGCGAUUGGGGUGACGAUCAUAGGAACGACGAUCAUGGUGACAACUUUAGGAACCAUGUGUUAUUGGGUAAUACAACAUCGAAUAGAGGCGAGAAGCUUGAAGAGCCUUAGGAAAUCCUCGCUAGAAAGCAGGUCACGGUCUUGGUCAGUCUCCGCAAUGUCGGAUUCAGAGCUUCUGAAUGCUGAGAAGUUUAAGAAGAUGUAUGCAAUCUAAUUAACUGAUGCAAGUUACAUAGUCCAAUGUAUAUCCUUAACAAAAUAACUUGAUAUAUGAUCAACAUUUACAUGUAAAUUUUGUUACCUUUUUGUGCAUCAGAUUUUUCUGUUGUCUAUAAAUUAUCAUUCAAAACCACCAUUGUGGUUAUGAAAUAGAGAUAAGAAAAAAGAAAGUUUCCAAUGAA